GAGAUGGCUCCAACAGUGGUGGUAUCAGCCACCAACUCAUGGGAUAUCACUGACUUUGUUGUGAACCAAGGCCAUGGAGUAAAGGGUCUCUCAGAAAUGAAGCUUCCAUCCCUUCCCAAGCAUUUCAUCCAACCCCCUGAAGAGAGGAUUGAUGCAAGCAAAGUAGUAUGUGAAGAGUGCAUACCGGUGAUCGAUAUGGCAGGUUUGGAUGAUCCAAAGGUGGCUGAACUGAUAUGUGAUGCAGCUGAGAAGUGGGGGUUCUUCCAGGUUGUUAAUCAUGGAGUCCCCAUUGGUGUACUUGAGGAUGUGAAGGAGGCAACUCAUCGGUUCUUUGCGUUGCCUGGAGAGGAGAAGAAGAAGUACUCGAAGGAGAAUUCUAAUAGUAACAGUGUGAGGUUCGGGACAAGCUUUACUCCUCAGGCAGAGAAGAGCUUGGAGUGGAAAGAUUAUCUUAGUCUCUUCUAUGUCUCAGAGGAUGAGGCUUCUGCACUGUGGCCUAGUGUAUGCAAGGAUCAAGCACUGGAGUAUAUGAAGAGGUCUGAGCUAGUCAUCAGGCAGCUGCUGGAUGUGCUGAUGAGGAGGCUAAAUGUGAAGGAAAUUGAUGAAAAGAAAGAGUCUCUCUUGAUGGGUUCAAUGAGGAUUAACCUUAACUACUACCCGAUUUGUCCUAAUCCUGAACUGACAGUGGGAGUAGGGCGACACUCUGAUGUUUCAACCCUCACUGUCCUCCUCCAAGAUGACAUUGGUGGCCUCUAUGUGAAGGGAGUUCAUGAUACCUGGGUUCAUGUUCCACCUAUAAGGGGGUCGCUUGUGAUCAACAUUGGCGAUGCCCUACAGAUAAUGAGCAAUGGACGAUACAAGAGCGUUGAGCACCGUGUCAUUGCCAAUGGGAGCAGCAACAGGGUGUCAGUUCCAAUCUUUGUGAACCCAAGGCCAAGCGAGGUCAUCGGUCCUUUGCCAGAGUUGCUUGAGGGAGGAGAGGAACCACUGUACAAGCAAGUUCUCUACUCAGAUUAUGUGAAGCACUUCUUCAGGAAGGCACAUGAUGGGAAGAACACUGUUGAAUUUGCAAAGAUAUGACGCUUUGACUCUACUUCUCUAGUAAUAAUACAAAUAAUAAGAAGAAUAAACAACCCAGCAUGAUGGUUGUGUGUGAGAACAUGUUAAGGAAGACGAGAAUCCAAGUUGUUUGUACCUGUUUCCAUCUAUAAUCACAUGUAAUUUGAUAUGGGCAUCCAUGUCUAAUCCAAAGUUUUAUAGAAGCAAAGCCUAGAACCAUUUGUGAA